CCGCAAAGACACGUAAACUCUUUAAUAAAAUUCCAGAUUUGUAUUGAAAAUAAAUCGACAUGUCUGAGGCAAGCUGCGAUCAAUAUGAGCACUACAAUUAUGAUCAUGACAAGCACAUGUUCUCGGGGCACAGCGGCAAGCAGCGCACCAAGAAGGAAGCCAGCGAGCACACCAAUCACUUCGAUCCCUCCGGCCACUCCAGAAAGAUUCUAACUAAGCUUGUCAACACGAACAACAACAACAAGAAGGCGGCGUGCAAAAACUGAAUGUUAUAUAUGUAUACAUAUAAGUAAAUUUAAUCAAAUCGAAUUUUAAUUAUACUAAAAAUGUUGACGAAAAAGUGAAAGGCUCUGGGGGAGAAAGUGAGAAGCUGCUUAUCUUUGGCUAAAAAUAAUAGCUUGUCAUCGAUAAUAAAUGUUAUUAAUAUUGCUUUAAAUUUA